GUGAUGUCACAGGUGAGAGUGAUGAAGAGCUGGAGUCAGAGUGUGUUGAAUGUUUGUGUGUGAGAGACUGACCUGAUCAUGCUGGCAGUGAUUUGUCUUCUGUCCUCUUGUCUCUUGUGUUCUUACACGGCGGCGACACCGACGGCCAAGAGCAGAAACGCCACAGAUGCUGCUGGAACAGGUGGAAACAGGACGCAGACCAACGUGACGUUCGAUGACUCUCAGGAUGAAACUGCUUUCCCUGGACUUCUGAUACACUCUGGAUACCGUGACAUCGCAGGUAUUCGCAACAUCCAGCCGGAGCAGGAGGAGGAGUCUCGGAUCAUCGGCGGUCAGGAGGCCAUCCCGUUCUCAUGGCCCUGGCAGGCUUCUCUCAGCUUCGCCUCCAUGCCGGCCUGUGGGGGCGCCAUCAUCAGCCCCCAGUGGGUUGUUUCUGCGGCUCACUGCUUCAAGAGGUUCAAAAAAGCAUCGUACUGGACCGUGGUGGCAGGAAAACAUGACAUAGACGCUCAAAAGGAGGAGGGGCAGCAGAUGAUGGGCGUGGCAGCGAUCCUUCCGCAUCACGGUUACAACUCACGCACCAAAGAGAACGACAUCGCGCUGGUGAAGCUGCAGCAGCCGCUCGCCUUCUCCCGGUCCGUCCGGCCAAUUACCAUCUGGACCAGUGCGCUCCCAGUGUUCAGGGAGUGCACCAUCACAGGCUGGGGCUCCACUCGCGAGAAUGGUCCUCGCAUCAACAGACUCCAGGAGGUGAAUGUCACCGUGCUGCCCCCUGAUGUUUGUAAUCGUUACUACACUGGCAGAAUUCGCUCAUCCAUGUUUUGUGCAGGAAAUGAGAAAGGCGGAGUUGACGCCUGUCAGGGGGACUCCGGCGGUCCUCUGUCCUGCUACACCGGCAACAAAUUUGAGCUGGCCGGUCUGGUGAGUUGGGGUGUUGGCUGUGGACGUAAGAAAAGGCCGGGCGUCUACACCAAACUGGACAUCCAUGCCCAGUGGCUGUACGACCACCUGAAUAACCUCAUGUUUGAUGAGGAGUCUGAAGAGGAGACGUGCGGUCGUCAGCAGAGCCCCGGCUGUUCGCCUCCGGGCCUCGCCUCUCUCUCCGUGACAAGUGGAGGCCAGGUCAUCAUGAACAACGUCACAGAGUCAUGUCCCUUCUUCUGGCCAUGGCAGGUCAGUCUCCAGUCCAACGGACGCCACUUCUGCAGCGGCGUACUCGUCCACCAGCACUGGGUCCUCACUGCCAAACACUGCAACGUCAAAGCAAAGAGGACGUGGCAGUUCUUGGAAUUCAUGACCUUCAGUUCUUAUCGACGCAGACUGUCCCUGUGGACGACGUCAUCAACCUGCCACUAGAGACUGGGUUCCCGCCUAAACCUGACCUGUCUCUGCUACACCUCAGCGUCCCAGUGCGAUUAGACACAAAUGUGUCUCCAGUAUGUCUUCCCGAGGAGGACGAGGAGCUAAAUGACAGCUGGCACUGCUUUACAGCGGGCUGGGACACGACAAA